UAAAUCUUUACCGUUAUUUCAGUUUGAUACCGCCCUUAUUAAGCAGAUGAAUUCUCCCCAGUUUUCAAAUAACCUGAGACGAUCUCCCAGAAAGCAAUUAGCAGCAGCAAUAUUUGAUUCUUCCUGCUCCUCUGAUAUAGAUCCAACACCUCAGAAACCUUCUAAAGAAAAGAAAAUCCAGGAAUACGGAAAUCCUAAGAAGAGAACAAGGGUAGAUACUAGUCUGGAUAUAGACCAACUCCUAGAUUCUAGUAGGUGCAACAUCAUUCAGUCUGAGUCGAAAAAUCCUGUUCCGGUCAAAAGUAAAAAGUCGGAUCUUUUCUCCAACGAUAGUGAUUCUGAAAGUUCAGACGAAACUCCGAAAUUUGUUUUCUUUAAUGACUUGAAACCUUCAAGUAGCCCUUCCCCGAAAAUGAACAUUAAGAUAAACAAGGUUUCUACGAAGAAAAGUUCCAAAACCUCUAAAAAGGAAACCAAGACUAAUCUUCAACUCUCCCCUAUCUCCAAUCCUGACACUGAGACAACAUCCAGCUCUGGGUUCAGCUUUUCAACCACAGAUAAGGAACAGUUUGUCGGAGAAAGAAGAAAGAAGAACACAAAGAAGACUUUAAAAUCACAAGAUUCGAACCCUAAAAGUACUUUGCCCGAAAUAACUGGUUCAAGUGUAUUUGAAUAUGUUGAAGAUGCAGAAACUACCAAGAUCAGGAAGAAACUAGAGAAGCGCGAGUUAAAUAAGGAAAAGAGGGCUCAACGUUCGCGUAAAUCGAGAGAAUCUUUAUCAAUCGCUAAAUUUAAUCGAUAUUCUCAAAUAAACGAUGACCCUCAAGAAUCAAAGGCAGAAAAGAAGAAAACUAAAACUCCAUUCAAGAAAGGAAAGAAAUCCAAGAUUAAAAGUCCUGACAAAACUCCUCCAAACCAGAAAAAAAUUACUGGAUUUUUUAAGCUCUCUGAUGAUAUAAAUGAAUUGCUAAAAACUCCCCCGGAGAUAGAAGGAUACGAAGAUAUUGAAAAUGAGUUUGAUCCACACCUUGACGAACACAUACGAAAGAUAGACGAGUAUCUGGAGGAGGAGAGGUUAGAGGAGAUACGAUAUCAGGAGUUUCUCCAAGAAAAUUCAAAGUACAGGGAUCGUCUUGAGAAGGAACUAACGGAACCUGUUCUAAAGAAUAUGUUCCAGAAAAAUCUUCAAUAUUUAAAGAAAAUUUGGUCUGGUGAGGAGGGUUCAGAUAGAUAUGAUAUGUAUAAACUUGGAGGAGGAAAUAGACAGCAACUCAUGCACAGUAUGAUUACUGAUCCGUUUACAGAUGAGCAGCUGGAUUGGACACUGUCAGAGAUCAGCAAGGUGUGGAUGAGAAACCACGAAGAACGUCGAGAGAACAACGAUUUCAUCUGGAAGGUUCUGCUCCCGGAGUGUUUUAUAAAAUUGUACAUGGAUCAUUUCUCUUUCGAUAAAAAGGAGGCUGAAAAACGGAUUCGGAAUACUCCGCUCCACGAAGAAGAUGAUAUUCCUUAAUCUGUUUUUUCAAUAGUCUUGCUCCUUUACAUUCGCAUUCAGGGUUUAGAAAAUAUUAAUCUUCUAAGCACUCCGGUGAUAUCAAAUGUUUAUGUAUCAAAUGAUAAGACUUUAUUUAACUGUUUUCGUAUAUUUAUUAUUUUAUCAUUUAACGAUUGCAAUAGAGAAAAAUUUCUCAUUUAAAAUAUUUUGACAUGAAAAUCAAUUUAUAAAUGAGUCGCGCGCAAAAUUGUAACAGGGGAACAGAACUGGAACUGAAUUCUGAAGGUUUCUUAACUAUUUUUCUUCUGUUGGUGAAGUAUUUUACUUUUCUCUUUUGAUCUCUUCUUUGGUUAAUUAAUUACUUAGUUGAAUUAAAACUGAAAUUAAGCUUUGUGAUGAUUAAUCUUGUGAUUUUGUUUGAAAAAAAAGAGCUUGUGAUAUUGAGCUGUGAAAUUAGCUAGCGAUACCGUUGUACCUUGAUAUGUACCACUAGUUUAUGGAAUUUUUGUUUCAUAUCUGUAGGAUUAUGAUUUAAUUUUUUCAGA